UGGCGUGGCGCGGCGCCGCCGUUGGCAGCAAAAGCCGUUUUAGGGUUUAGUUUCGCGACCACGUCUGGUCACUAAACAAUUCGUUUCCGCGCUCAAACGUCGCAGUCCGACCCUGUGUUAUUAAUAUGUUAAUAUCUAUUUUAAUGGAAAUUUAAAUGCUCAGAGUGUCUAUGUGCAUUACGAUCACGGCCAGCACUACCUUCGAAGGUCCGUCGUUCAUGAGACUACAGCAGCCUUCCGACGUCAUAUUUGCAGCGGUGUUGACGAUCCUCGCACGAGUGAACGAACUCGGUCGCUGGUAAUUGAUAUGUCCUCAGACAAUGAACCCACUUGGAGAAUAUGCAGAAAAGCAGUUUGGAUGUUGAUACAAAAUGUUAAUAACUUGGCCGAUGCCGAAGCUUUACUGAACCGACAAGAGAAUGAUCUUCAUAUUGCAAGCGGCAAAUGUUUCAUUUUAUUAUUGACGGCCAUCCAAACGCCGGAAAAGUCGAGACUGGAAUGCGCGCUGGCUGAGUUUAAGCGACUCGAGGCGCGAUGCUGCGAAAUGUUGGACGACGGCGGGUGGUUGGGGGCGUUCAGGCGCAAACUGCAGUUCUCGUCCAGCCCCACCGCGGGCGUCGACCACUACGACGGACAGAUCGCGCUUGCCGACGUCACGCUGUGCAUAGUUGGACUGAUGGUCGUCAAGGUCAUGAACGGGCACAAUGUGGGCCACAUGGCUACCGCCAAAACGGUAUACACUUUGCGGCGUGCCUGGAAAAUGUACCAGCAGUGUUAUGCAUCUGUGUUGGACGUCUACCGCACCGUUUACGACUUGGACCCUGGUCAGCGAGUUAACCACUAUUUUUACUCGAUAUACCUAUACCCCGGUUAUCUAUGCUAUAAUAUUAUAGUACCUAUACCUAUACCUGUAAUACCCUUUGGUAUUUGGGGCUCACGAGUACUUAUUUCUUUUUCUUUUUCGUGUGCAUCAGACGACAACACUCCGAGGUGGCCGCCAGUUUUGAAACGCAGACAAUCUACGUCUGCCACCUUCUUGGCUUCGACAUCCAACGUUGAAAGUCGUAUGCAUCGCUCGGCUACCACGUCGUUUGUAACUUUACGUCAAGAUUGCGUGUCAAACGGGAUGUCUAAGGACGUGGUCAGAUUGAUGGCAGCGGUCAGUGUUGGAUAUGGAGCUUUUAAUUUGAUCUUAUCAUUAAUGUCACCAAUGGUUAUCCCUCUAAUCGGAAUGUUGGGGUUUCGUGGAAAUCGCCAAACCGGUUUAGAAGCUUUAGCGUAUGCGAAAAACGGGCCUGACGUACACGCACCAUUAGCAUGGUUGAUUCUGUCAUGGUAUCACAUGAUGGGAAACACAGAUUACUUGUUUGACGGUCCUCAGUCUCGAGAAAAUGAAACUUGCGUCAAAGAAUCAGAACAAUUAGUAUGUAAUCCGCCUGAAGAAUUCCAAAACUCGACAUCUCUGCAAUACUUUACUGGGCGAUCGCUUUAUCUCAAGGGUGAUUUAGAACGAUCGAUACGAGCGUACGAGAUUGGAUCAACCGUUUUAGUUGAUAAUUCUUUUGUAAGUAUGAAAACAAUGUGUUUACAUGAGUUAGGCUUCAUGUAUGCAAUUAAAUUGGAUUGGAUGGCUGCGUAUAAAAAAUUUGCAAGUGUAGCAGAAGUGUGGAUGAGGCAGUAUCAUUACUUUAUGGCUACAGUGUGCGCAGGCGCGGCGGGCGAUGCAGUCACGGCCGAGCUGAUGAGACGACGUGCCGACGAAGCGGUGGACGGCUAUAGGUUGAACACUUGUCAGGGCACCAUGUCCAGCUUCAUGGAGAGCAACGAGACGAAGGUGGCCAAAGCGCUGCGGUGGACGGCUGCGACCUCGAGCGGAGACGACGCCAGCUGCAACCACGGCGACGGCCAGCGGCACUGCCGUCUGAUCGCUUACGAGGUGUUGUACGUCAAGUACGGCGUGGCCAAGUGGCCGGUGGACUUGCUGCACGCAGUACUAUCGGAUUGCCAAGAAGCUGAAGACGACGACAACACGAUGUGGUACACAAAACAAUUACUGACGAUCGUCUGUCGGAGAGUUUUGGGUUUCGUCGAUGACCACUGUCAUUCACUAAUCGAAAUCGUGGAAAAUAUGGACCGGAAUCAGCGGCGCGAUCACUUGUACGUGUACGGAGUUUAUGAACUCACCGCCGAGCAAAUAAGACACAUUGAAACUAUAGACGAGGGCAAACGAACAGUACAAAAACUAAAGGAUUUAAAACGAGGUUACCAUUUUCAAUACUUCUACGAUAUGAGAUGUGUUUCAUUGCAAGCGUACGUACAAAAAUUGAAUGUCAGAUGACGAUUUUCUAAGUCCGAACAACUUCUACAUGAUGGAAUGCGAGUAAAAAACGUUUUUACAAACGUAUUGUUCUUGAUCAGUUUAUUUUUAGUGCCUAAGCAUUAAAGCAUAUCUGAAUUAUUAUUGUUUUCAUUGGAAUCGUACACUAGAACACAAUAUUAGUAACAUAUUUUUAUACUAAACGGGCGAAAUAGGUCUAGAAACUAAGCCGUCCACUAAAUAUAGUUAUAAUAUAGAAAAUUGGUGUCUUGUAUCCAUUAAGUAUAACAAUAAGACAAGUAAUAUAUUACAGUAGGCACCUAAUUAUACUUACAUAAUAUUAUAGAAUAUUCAUAUAAAUGACAACAAAAUACUUUUAAUUGCUUGUCAUAACUAUAGAUGUAUAGAUGGGUAAAUUUUAUAAUUAAGAAACAGAAUUUUAAAACAAUGUGAUGUUUUUACAAUGUAUACAUGUAGAGUCAAUUAUUAUUAUUGAAUUUUUUUAGCCAAUUGUAUUAAGUCCGCCUUAACUCUUAAGUAAUAUAACUGUAUAGAUAUUUUAAGAAAAAUUAUUGUCAGACCAUAUUUUUUAUAGGAAAUAUUAAUGAUGCUAACCCCGACUAGAUAUAAAAGCAUAUAAGCUAUUUAACUAUCAACUGGAGAGUUGGGGAUUUUAAAUAUGUUUUUAGUUUUUCUGAUAUAAGUCAAAAUCAUUUUGGUAGAAAUCAUAUACCUACUUUAUGAUAGCAUAUAAUAUGCUAUAUGAUCUAAAUUCUAAAAGUCAAUAGUUAUAUAAAAUUUGAAUUUCCUAUAUGUGUGUAGGUUUAAUAAAAGGUACCAUUAAAAUGUAGGGUUUUUUUUAUUUAUUAAAUAAUAGAAUAAAAUAACAGAAAUUCGCAAUUUCAAAAUAAUCAUAACUUGAUUUAAAAUUAAAGUAUCAAAAGAAAAUUCUGUGAGGGGCUGUAGAUAAUAUUAUUUUAGAUUUGAUAAUAAUUCAGUUCAAUUAAAUAUUAAAAAUAUAGAGGAAAGUACUUAAUUCUGAACCUAAAAUAUUUUAUAUUAGUAUGACGGAAGCAAAGCAUUUAACUCUAUAAUUCUGAACAU